UUUAUAAAAUGAACGUAGAAGGAGAGGCGGGUCCGGUUUGCAGGGGUACAGAGGGCGAGCCACGGGGAGGCGCUACAGUAAUUCACACCAACGCAGACCACAAACCAAACGAUUUGGAAGGACAUCAUCAUCACACCGGGGGCAUCCAACGGGAUGGGGGAGUUUCAGGUGGCGACUGUUUGAAUGUAAAUCCCAUAGAGGGACACAGCGGAUACAGUGCCGAUUCAAAUGGCGAAACGUACUGUUCGCCGAGUCCGGAGAAGGACGGAGACAGUCCCGGGAAGACAGAGACGUUACACUCGGACUGCAGCAGCGAGAACUGCAGCCCCACUCCAAGCUGUCGGAUUUGCUUCCAAGGAGCCGAGCAGGGUGACCUGCUGAACCCCUGCCGCUGUGACGGCUCAGUGCGCUACACCCACCAGCAGUGCCUCCUGAAAUGGAUCAGCGAGAGGGGCUCCUGGACCUGCGAGCUCUGCUGCUACCGCUUCCAUGUCAUCGCCAUCAAGAUGAAGAGGCCGUGGCAGUGGCAGGCCAUCACCAUCACACUGGUGGAGAAGGUGCAGAUCAUUGCUGUCUUCUUGGGCUCCCUCUUCUUGGUGGCCAGUGUGAGCUGGCUGCUAUGGUCAGCCUUCAGCCCGGACGCAGUAUGGCAGCGCAGGGACACCCUCUUUCAAAUCUGCUAUGGCAUGUACGGCUUCAUGGACCUGGUGUGCAUCGGUCUGAUCUGCCAUGAGGGGGCGGCGGUGCACAAGGUGUUCAAGCGCUGGCGGGCGGUCAACCUACACUGGGACGUGCAGAACUACGACAAGGCCGCCGACGUGGAGGAGAGCGCCAGCAGCGGGGACACGUCGACCGGCCGGACUCUCUGGCUGCCUCUGGCCAGCCUUCGGCCCAGCGGGCCCCUGCACCCCACCCAGCUCAGCCCCCGGCCCUCGCGCUGCCACGAGGGCUGCUCCCUCCUGUGCCUCUGCGCCCAGCUGGCCACCCGCCGAGACCCCGGAGAGCACAGUGCCUCAGGGGAGGUGGUCAUCCGGGUCACCUCCGUAUAG